UCAGUCCGAUCUUCGGGGUUUUUGUUUUGAAAAAGUCGGGAUUGAUCAGUAGAAGUUUGAGAUUAUGGUUUAAAGGGAAAAGUGCAUAAUCGUCUGACGUGAUGUUUUUGUGUAAAGAAGAAAGUGGUAUUGCUACCUUAGUGUAUUUUCAUUUGCUCAGAGAUGAUCGACAUUAUAACUCGUGAUGGUACUUUUUAACAGGCUCUGAUUCUCAUUUUGUGUCUUCCCUUCGCUUACUCUAGAACAAGUUCUUGUCUGACAGUGGUUCUAACAAACACCAGUGGUCUCCCAAGAACCUGUAAUCCAUUCUUGAUAACAUUCAUCGGGGAAAACCGCUGCUGAAAGCUUCAUCCAUUUGAUUAAAUAUUGAAUAAUCUAGACGACGAGGAAUUAACGAAAUCUCAAAAAUGAGUGAAGAAAACAUUAGAGUUGCAGUGAGGGUUCGACCAUUCAAUACCAGGGAAAUAACUCGCAAUGCAGCUCUCAUCAUUGGCAUGGAUGGCAAUCAGACAACCAUUAAAAAUCCAGAAAACAUGGAUGCUGAACCAAAGAAGUUUGCUUUUGAUUUUUCUUACUGGUCCCAUGAUGGUUACCAAGAAAGAGCAGAUGGGUAUCUUGAACCUCAGGAUCCAAAAUUUGCUGACCAGCAACGCGUGUUUAAUGAUCUUGGAAAAGGAAUUCUGGAAAAUGCAUGGAAAGGCUAUAAUUGCUCAUUGUUUGCUUAUGGGCAAACAGGCAGUGGCAAGUCCUACUCUAUGGUGGGAUAUGAUGCCAACAAAGGCAUUGUGCCCAUGGCAUGCGCAGAACUCUUUAAAGGCAUUGAAGCUAAGCGACAGAAGGCUGGGAAGGGUGAAGAUUUUCAGGUACACUUGAGUAUGCUUGAGAUCUACAAUGAGAAUGUGCGAGAUCUACUUAGUGGCAAAUCAGCACAGAAAGGUUUGAAAGUGCGUCAACAUCCUCAGAAGGGGUUUUAUGUGGAAUCAUUGAUCACAGCAGCAGUGAAUAAUUAUUCUGAAAUAGAUAGAAAAAUCAAGGAGGGCACACGUAACAGGACGGUCGCUUCAACCAACAUGAAUGCAACUAGCAGUCGGGCUCAUACAAUUGUGGCUCUUACAUUCGUCCAGAAGACAUUGAAUGAUGCUGGCCAAAGCAUGACCAAAACAUCAGUCAUCAACCUUGUGGACCUUGCUGGCAGUGAGAGAGCAGCCAGCACUGGGGCAACUGGAGAUCGUCUGGAAGAGUCCAAAAAAAUUAACCAGUCCUUAAGCACUCUUGGAAACUGCAUUGCUGCACUGGCCGCAAACUCCACAGGCAGAAAGAAAGUGCAAGUUCCUUUUCGAGAUUCAACACUGACUAAACUUCUGCAUAAUGCAUUGGGAGGAAACAGCAAGACAGUAAUGAUUGCUGCGCUCAGUCCAGCUGAUAUCAACUAUGAGGAAACAUUGUCAACACUAAGAUAUGCUGAUCGAGCAAAGGCAAUAAAGACACAGGCAGUGGUCAACGAGAGCCCAACUGACAAGCUGAUUCGAGAGUUGCGAGAGGAGAAUGCAAGGCUGCAGGAGCUGUUGAAGAAAGGAGGUAUAAGUGGGGAUGCAGCAGCUUUGUUAGGGGACUCAAUGCAUCAUGAAGAGGUGGAUGAACUUAAAAAGGCUUUGGCGGAACAAAUGAGAAAAAACCAAGAGGAACUGGAAGAGAUGAAGAAGACAUUUGAGGAACGAGCUAGAGAGACUGAAAAGGAAACUGCUAUUCAGGUUGAGGCAGAACGCAAGAAGCAAGAAGAGCGGAAAGUGAUUCCUCAUUUUUGGAAUUUAAAUGAAGAUCCAUCAUUAACAGCUAUGGUCAUACAUUUUUGCCGAGAAGGGACUUCCAAGGUGGGAAAUCACAAGGCAUCUCCGGCACCAGAUAUUCUGUUAAAUGGUCUAAGUAUUCAGCCUGAACAUGCUGUGGUUAGCAACAAGAAAGGAACGAUCACACUUAAGCCUUGUGGAUCUGCCAAAGUUCUUGUCAAUGGACAGCCUCUUACCUCUGAAAUAACACUUCAUCACAAUGACCGAGUGCUGUUUGGCUCCAAUCACCUCUACGUCUUCCACCACCCCCAGGAUGAAGCAAAGAAGCUGAAGGCAGGAGAACCGCUAGAAAAGCCAACAUACACUGAUGCACAGGAAGAAAUUGCAAAGCAGUCUGGUUUAGUAAAGGGGGAGAGUGCCACCAGCUCAAAAGAGGACUUGCUGCUACAUGAUGAGCUGGUUGAGUUACUGCCCUUGGUCAACGGAGCCAAUGCCAUGGCAGAAGAGUUGAACAAGAAAGUGAAGUUUGAAUUGGCCCUCAUAUCGCCUCAGGCACGUGGCCUCAAGGAUGGACGCACAGAAGUGAUGGUUAAAAUGCUGAACCUGGACAAUGGAAAUGAAUGGUUGCUGGAUCGCAACAACUUUGUCAACCGCAGGUACCUGGCAGAGGAGAUGUACCAGAAUUUCAUAGAGGGAGACAAAGAUUGGGAUGUGCCUCAGGAAAGAGAUCCAUUUUGGGAACCACCAACAACUGACAUAAAGAUUGGCUUUGCACAUGUAUUUCUUCAAUCCCUUGCAUACCAGAUAGAUUUUCAAGAAAGCCUUCCCAUCACUGACUAUAAGGGCAAUGACCAUGGACACUUAACUUUAGAGAUUGUUCCCUGUGAUGAUGGUUGGAAAAAUAUUUCUGAGGAGACAUACAUUGACAGUCCCAAUCAAAUGCUUGGGAAACCUCUGAAUUUUAUAAUCAAGAUUUUGGGGGCCAAAGGCCUGCCUCGAAAUCUUAAAAAGACAUACUGCAAGUUUAAAUUUUACCUGGACAAUGCCGAAACAAAGACAGAGGAGGUGCAGGACUCAAGUAACCCGGAUUACAACUUUGAAAAGAAGUGCACUUAUAAAACUGUUACACAGCAGCUUUUGGAUUACUUGAUCGAUGAUAACCUGAUGGUGGAGGUAUGGGGGCAGCAGAAGGAGGAUGGGUACAAGUCAGGGAUAACAGGGAGCAGCGAUAAGAACAGAUCACCCAGCAAGAAUGUGCUAGCUCAUGGACAGUCAAAAGAGGGAGGUAUACAGUCAGGGCAGAGAGAAACCUUGGAUGCAAACACUGCAGCAGCUACUGGUGCUGUCCCUGCAGUGAAACAGUCAGGACAAGGAGCAGCCACUGCAACAGAUUCAUCUACAACGGUUAGCAGUAAUGAGCCAUCUGCUGCCCCGACACCCCAACAGAGAGAUGGAAAGGGAGAUGAAGUGCUGACAAAGAUCUAUGAGCUGAUUGACUCUAUGAAAGCAAGUGGUGGGACAUCUAUAUCUAUUGCUGAUGUGGAAGCAACACUAGCAAAACAUUUUCCAGCCUCUUCCGUAGUCUGCAAACGCUCUGCUGCACCUGUACAGACAACUCCGAUCCGUUCUACAACUGGACCCAGCAAAGGAAAAGAAGCUCCCAGGAAUUCCCGAGCUUGCAUCCUGCAGUAAUCCAAUAAUUUUGCUGACUGCUACCUUAAACCUGUGAUUUUCUUUGAACUGUUGAAAAGGAAUCUGUUAUUAUUAUUUGAUGGAGUUAUAACUAAAAAGGGAUUCACUUCAUUUUCGUAUGGAGCAAAAUUAUUUUGAACAUGAAUAGUUUCAGAAUGACAACCAUCCUUCAAUCUCUUGCUCUGUCUUCAUGUCUCAUCUCUACCCCAAGCCCCAUCCCAACCAUAUCCCCUUAUUAAGUUUGUAAUGUUUCUAACAGUUAUUUUGGAAGCAGUUUUAAAGAAAAGUAAAAUAAAACACCUCAUUCCAAAGAGAUUGAUUUUUCUGUCUGCAAGUAUGAAUCGUUUCUCAGUAAGGACACUUCAUACUAUUUUUACCAACUGAUUCAGGCAUGAGCAUCUUAUCAAAUGGAAAGUUAUUGAAAUUAGUGUUUUUCUAGUUUCAGAAAUUUCUGAAAUUUUUGUGAAAUUUGGCCAGCAUAUUUACAUUUUAAUUGAAGUAUACUGUGUUUUUCAUGUGAGAAAUAUUUUUUCUUGUAAUCAAAAGUAAUUUUCUUGAGUGAUGCUCUUCUAUGCAUAAUUAUAAUGUGGCUUUCUAGGUUGUGGGUAAAAUAUUGAUCUUUUGUAUAAAGAUCUGUUCUAAAUGAUCUGUUGUUAUAUAUAGUUAAUCUCACAUAUAUUUUUGCUGUCUCUUUGGUGUGAAUUUUAAUAGUCAUUUUCAUUCUUGCACCAAUUUUUAUCAUGUACAUGGUUAUUUUGAAAAUACAUGUUCAGCAUUUGCUACUUGCAAAGAAAUGUAUAAUUUGUGAUUGUUUCUGCUUUUUUUGUUUCCUUGCAACAACGUCAAUGUAGCAUACUUUUUAUUUAAUUUUUAUUUGAGAAACAUUGUAUCUACUUAGCAGCACAUAACUGUUGUGCUUCUGAAGGCUCUUAAGAUAAUGAUCAUUUCUCUGAAUGCUGUGUCAGAGAAGAGUCUGCCCCCUCCUCCCCAUAAGCCCCAGCUCAAUACAAAAAUAUUCAAAUUUAUAUUAACAAGUGUGCGUCAGUGUAUGACCAUAAUUUUGUACACAAACGUGGAUGGAUGUCAGUGCCUAUGUGCAUACAAGUGGUUUUUUUGCCACUUUUAAAAAUUAAUAGCUUAAUCAACUGUUUUUUUUUUUGUUCACACAAGAUGUAAUUUAAAUUUUUUUAUGUCUGUAUGGUGCCUUUUACUCCUAACAUCACAUAUCUGUAUGAAACCUAAGGGAAACAAUUUUUGAGUCUAUCCAUAAAGAGUAGUCUUUCAUAGAGGAUUUGGGAGCAUAGGGAUGGGAAACGGUUUUAACAAACCAUUUUGUAACAUGACAAUCAUAAGUUAUCUCUGUUCCAUUAUCUUUCGUACAUUCUCUUUUGUUCAGGACUCCUGAUUAUUUAUGUGUCUAAAAUUUGUGUUCAUUUAAAGAGUGGUGACGUGUAUCUUAAUAGAUGUGUUUUCCUAUGAAGCUAUAUUGAUCAGUCAUUUCUUCCGUCCAUCAGCAAUCAGUCAGAUCACAUUCUUGUCACACAUGGUAAGUAGUGCAAGUAGUGUUGGAGGUGUAAGUAAACACAUGUUAUCAUCAAAAUAAUGAUAACAGAAUGAAUGGCAUCUUAGAUUUUCUGUUGAGAACAUUAACAUUAGCAGUAAUCAUUUGCCUUCUGCAUUAACUGAUAAAUAAUUUUGAACUGCCUGUUGUAAAGCCACUGAAGCAAUGGGAAUCAGGUAGGCAGGUGAUUAGGGGAAUUUUCUUUGGGUUGAAUCCAAAGGCCUGCACAAUGGCCAGUCGAGGUUGCACCAUACCCACUGUGUCGAUUGGUUGGGUAAGGCAAGGCAGAAAGGGAGAUUGGGAUCCACCCUAGUAACAAAAGAAAAAUGCCAUCUCCAAUUAAUACUUCAUUCCCUAGAGAUCGAAAAGUCAGGACCUGUCUGAAGAGGUUUUUUUUAAAAAACGACUGUAGAGGUAAUAAAAGAUUAAAGUUAGUGUGACAUUUGCUGCUUUGACAAAAUGUAAAACAGUGCUUGAGUUCUAUUUUUAUUAUCUCAUACUGGCUAUUGAACUUGAACUGUUCAGUAUUUAAUUAUUUUAUAUAAAAUCUUGGCAUUUGUA